UAUGAAGCGGAGCCGUCGCCGCGCUGCGCGGAGACGAGCGGGGACGCGGCAGCGGCGGUGCGGGCAUCCUCGGGCACCGAGCGGCGGCGGCCGAGCCGGAGCCCUGCCGGGUGGGCGGCGUGCGGGGCGGGAGCCCUGAGGAUCGGCAGCGGCGGCGGCGGCGGCGGCGGCGGCCCCGGAGGGUGCCCGUGGCCCCCGGCCCGCCAGCCGCCUGCCCCCCAGCGCCGGGCCGUGGGCUGCCCGCGGCGGCGCUGAGGCGCGGGCGGCGCGGCGGGAGUGGCGGCGGCCGGAGCGCAGGAGCGGGCGUGGAGCGCUGCGAGCCGGGGAGAUGUCCGCCCCGUACCUCAUGCGGUACCUGUUCCCAGCCCUGCUGCUGCACGGGCUGGGAGAAGGUUCUGCUCUUCUGCACCCAGACAGCAGCACCCAUCCUCGGUCCUUGGAGAAGAGUGCCUGGAGAGCUUUCAAGGAGUCACAGUGCCAUCAUAUGCUGAAACACCUUCACAAUGGAGCCCGGAUCACCGUACAGAUGCCUCCCAAUAUUGAGGGCCACUGGGUCUCUACUGGCUGCGAAGUUAGAGCAGGCCCAGAGUUCAUCACAAGAUCUUACAGGUUCUACCACAACAACACGUUCAAGGCCUAUCAGUUCUACUAUGGUGGCAAUCGCUGCACGAACCCCAUCUACACCUUAGUCAUACGUGGCAAAAUUCGUCUCCGCCAGGCGUCCUGGAUCAUCCGGGGCGGCACCGAGGCCGACUAUCAGCUCCGCAACAUACAGAUCAUAUGCCACAACGAAGCAGUAGCCAAAAAAUUAAGUGAGUUGGUGAACCAGACGUGUCCUGGAUUUAUCCCAGAAGAUAGUCCCUGGGAGCAGGAUGUGAGCUAUGAUUUGCUGAGAGAAGAGAACGGCUGUGAAUGCACCAAAGCUCUGAAUUUUGCCAUGCACGAGCUCCAGCUGAUCCGUGUGGAGAAGCAGUACCUGCACAAUUUAGACCACGUUGUGGAGGAGCUAUUCCUCGGAGACAUUCACACUGAUGCUACUCAGAGGAGAUACUAUCGGCCCUCUAGUUACCAGCCUCCUCUUCAAAAUGCCAAGAACCACGAUCGCAUGUGCAUCGCCUGCAGGAUCAUCUACCGCUCAGAUGAGCACCACCCACCCAUCCUGCCCCCCAAGGCGGACCUGACCAUCGGGCUGCACGGAGAGUGGGUGAGCCAGCGCUGUGAGGUGCGGCCGGAGGUGCUCUUCCUGACUCGGCACUUCAUCUUCCACGACAACAACAACACCUGGGAAGGCCACUACUACCACUACUCUGACCCCAUCUGCAAGCACCCCACCUUCACCAUCUAUGCCAAGGGACGCUACAGCCGGGGAGUCCACUCGUCCAAAGUCAUGGGUGGCACGGAGUUCGUGUUCAAAGUGAAUCACAUGAAGGUCACUCCCAUGGAUAUAUCCACAGCCUCGCUGCUCAAUGUCUUCAACGGGAAUGAGUGUGGAGCACAGGGAUCCUGGCAGGUUGGGGUUCAGCAGGACGUCACCCACACGAACGGUUGCAUCGCGCUCGGCAUCCGCCUACCUCACACCGAGUAUGAAAUCUUCAAGAUGGAGCAGGAUGUCUGGGGCAGGUACCUGCUGUACAAUGGCCAGAGACCGAGCGACGGCUCCAGCCCCGAUCGACCCGAGAAAAGAGCCACUUCCUACCAGACGCCUUUAAUUCAGUGCGCUUCAUCAGUACCCAGAUCUGAAGAGUCACCUGAGGAGAAUAAAAUCAGGCUGUAUAGCAGCAGGGCUCAGGAAAAAUAUCCCAGCACCCCAGCUCUUGCUUUGUUGUUUAUUUGUACUGUGUCAUAUUGGGACAUUCUCAGCUAGAAGCGAGGAAAACUUACUUUUCAUUACUACAAAGCAAGGAUUCCACCAGACUGGGGGUUGUUUUUCUUCAGACAGAAAAGGACAUUUAUUUUCUUGAUGCACUUGAAUGCCUGAGAACUGUUGUUCUUUUCCUUACUUCCCUCUUCCUCCUCGAAUCCCGAACGGCACUCGUUUGAUGUUUGUGCUUUGAACUUCAUCCAGUCUGAUCCCUGGCCUGACACGACUGCACAAAAGUAAUUGCACUUUAGGACUGCAGACUUCUGGGGGGAGGGAAGGGGUCUCCUUUUAUUUUUUUUUCUUUUUAACUGCUGGGAUGAACUCUAUGAUCCUGCUUCAGUCAUCUCUGCCCUCUUACUGUUGUGGUACUCUUAUCCCCAAAGCCUGAUUUCUCAUCAGAAUUUAGCUCUGGGGAAGGGCUCGGUGUUGUGCCAGUACUGUGAUAGCAGCUUCCCCCUCUGACUUCACAGCUCUGAUGUAGAUAUGUAUAUAAGGAGGAAACCCACAAAGAUUUAUCUUGCCAUUAUCUCACAGCUCAUAAUACAGAAAGAAUCAGCAAAUCAACAGCCCUCUGUUCAAAAAGUGCUAAAUGGUUGAUACCCCUAAUUAGAAAAAAUACUCUUAAGUAAUUUAA